AGCCAAACAGUCGAACAGUUGAUGCAAGAGACUGGAUGCAGCCUGGAACAUCCGUCUGCCACCAAAUUCCGCAACCAUGUGACGGAGGGUGACUGGGAAAAGGCUGAAGCUGACCUCACCGAACUCAAGUCCUUGGUGCACUUGCCUCAGGCCAUUGUGCGCAUGAAGUUCCUGCUGCUGGAGCAGAAAUACCUGGAAUUUUUGGACGAUGGGAAGGUGCUUGAAGCUCUGCAGGUGCUCCGCUUUGAGCUGACUCCGCUGAAGUACAACACAGACCGUAUCCAUGCUCUGAGCGGAUACCUGAUGUGUAGUGAUGCAGAAGAUCUUCGAGCGAAGGCGGAAUGGGAGGGAAAGGGCAGCUUGUCGCGUACCAAGCUCCUCGAUAAACUUCACACGUACCUGCCGCCGUCGGUGAUGCUGCCUCCCCGGCGCCUGCAGACCCUGCUCAGACAAGCGGUGGAGUUACAGAGGGACCGGUGCCUCUACCACAACACCAAGGCUGAUACCAACCUGGACUCCGUCUCACUGCUCAUGGACCACGCCUGCAGCAGAAGGCAGUUUCCCUGUUACACUCGCCAGAUCCUCACUGAGCACUGCAACGAAGUGUGGUUCUGCAAAUUCUCCAACGACAGCACCAAGCUGGCGACGGGAUCAAAAGACAACGCAGUCAUCAUUUGGCAGGUCGACCCUGAAACACAUCAGUUGAAGUUACUGAAGACGUUGGAAGGUCACACGUACGGCGUUUCCUAUCUGGUCUGGAGUCCAGAUGACACUUAUUUAAUCGCUUGUGGUCCUGAUGAUUGCUCCGAACUCUGGCUUUGGCAUGUGCAGACAGGGGAGCUGAGGACCAAAAUGAGCCAGUCACACGAAGACAGCCUGACGUGCGCGGCGUGGAACCCAGAUGGCAAGCGGUUUGUGACGGGAGGACAGCGCGGGCAGUUCUACCAGUGUGACCUGGAUGGCAACGUGCUGGACUCGUGGGAGGGGGUGCGUGUGCAGUGCCUGUGGUGCCUGAACGAUGGCAAGACGAUCCUGGCCUCCGAUACCCACCAGCGGAUACGAGGCUACAACUUCGAGGAGCUGACUGACCGCAACAUACAGAAUGAUAAACCUUUAGAUGAAGGUGGGCAAGAGGGCGAUAAUCAUCGGGAGUGGUUGACACAUGGCCAAUGGAUAAAAGCGUUCAGACAAUUGACUGAUACAGUGCAAGUUCCUGUCUUGUGA